GGCCGGAAGCGCGGGGGGGGGUGUGGCGGCCCCGCUCCCGUCCCGGUGCUCCCGUCCCGGUGCUCCCGUUCCGGCCCGGUCCCAGCCCGGCACCGCCAUGCGCAAGUUCUUCCAGGAGAUCAAGGCCGACCUGAAGUUCAAGACGGCGGGGCCCGGGCAGAAGCUCUCGGAGCCGUCCCGGGCCCCCAGGGAGAAGCCGAAAGCCGAGGUGGCCCCGAAGCCCCGCCAGGCCCCGACGGAUGAGGCGCAGAGGGCGGCGGCCGCGGCGCUGGCCCGGCUGGAGCUGAAGCCCAAGGGAAAAGCUCCGUCCGCCUCGCAGGAGGCCAUCAGGAACCAGGUGAGGAAAGAGCUGAUGGCCGAGGCAGCUGCCGGCGAGAAGGGGCUCUCCAUGGAGGAAAAGGAGCAGGAGGAGGAAGGGGCAGCUGCUCCCUCUGUCUCAGGGGUUUAUUUCAUCUGCCCCUUGACCGGUACCGUUGUGAGGAAAGACCAGAAGGAAAAGCAGCUCCGAGAAGCCAUCCAGGCAUAUUUCUCCGUGGACCCAGUGGCUGCUUCCAUCAUGGAGAUCCACACCUUCAACAAGGACCGGGAGAAGGUCCGGGUGUGCGUGGAGACCAUGGCCAAGUACCUGGAUAACAUCUAUCUCCAUCCAGAGGAGGAGAAAUACCGAAAAAUAAAACUGCAGAACAAGGUGUUUCAGGAAAGGAUAAGCUGCUUGGAAGGGACGCACAAAUUUUUCCAGGCUGUUGGGUUUGAGACAAAAGCACUGCCUGUUCCAGGACAAGAGACCACGGAGGAGUUCUUGGUGCUGAAGGAGGAGGUGCUGAGCCGGCUGGAAGAUCUGAAGGACCACAAGGAGCAGCUGCUGAGCUCAGAGCCCGUGCGGGCGCAGCUGCACCGGCAGCUCGCCGUGUUCCAGCCGUCGCCCGCGGCCGCGCGCUUCGAGCUGCCCCCCGACUUCUUCAGCCUCACUGCAGAGGAGCUGCGCAGGGAGCAGCGGCUCCGGACAGAGGCGGUGGAGAAGGCGUCGAUGCUGAGGACCAGAGCCAUGCGCGAGAAGGACGAGCAGAGGGAGGCCAGGAAGUACAGCUACACGCUGCUGCGGGUGCGCUUCCCCGAUGGAUACAUCCUCCAGGGGACUUUUUAUGCCCGAGAAUCAGUAUCUGUGCUCUACAACUUUGUGAGAGAAGCACUCAGAGAUGACUGGCUGCCCUUUGAGCUCCUGGGACCUGGAGGUCUCAAACUGACUGAUGAGAACUUGGCCUUCAAUGAAUGUGGGUUGGUGCCCUCGGCCCUGCUGAGCCUGGCCUGGGACGCCGCGGUCAUGGCGGACGUGGAGGCGGCGGCGGAGGAGCAGCGCAGCCCCCUCAGGCCCGAGCUGCUGGCCAGGGCCCAGCCCCUGUCCUGAAAUAAAGGGCAGUGCCUCCAGUGCUGCUGGCUUUGGACUCGUCCCUCCUUUUGCCAGACUGCUGGAGCUGUGUGAGCUCAGAGGUGGCUUUGGUUCGGCUCUGCACGGGGGCUGGGCCCUGCCGUCCCCUCCCAGCCCCAGACUCACAGGUGGCUCCUCCCUGGGGCUUCCAACACCAAACUGGAGCAGGGACUGCCCGAGGUGAUCCCAAAGGCAGUGGUGGAGCAGGGAUUAGGGGUUGGUAAGGCUGGAUUACCAGCCUGAGCCUGGGGAGGGGGCUGGGUUUAGAGCUCAGCUUCCCGUUCUGCUUCUGUGUGCACUGUAACUCCUACUGGAGAGAAGCUAUUUGGAUAAAGUUACACUUAGUCUGAUUAAAUGGAAUUAUUUAAAGACUCA